AUGGGCAGCCAACUUUUCUGUCAGAGAAUCUUCGGAAAAAUCAACUUGUGGGUGCCUCGUCAUCUCUACCAUUGCUUACAUUUCAAGCCUACUCUCUUGGUUUGGUCAGCAUGCAGUUCCUCUUUGAAACAUUCUGUGCAUAAAUUGGCACAUUGUCGCAUCGCUCUAGAAUACAGCCCAAAGUAUGCUGUUAAUAAAUCUAUAUUGAACAGCAUAUCUACAGCAACAGCACAGGGAAGUAACUUCUGUAGCAAGAUAAGCUCGUUAAAAGAAAUGGAAGCAGAAACAAUGUUAAGCCAAAAUGAGUCAGGAUUGGUUGAAGCAGAAACAUUGAUAAGCCAGAAUGAGUCAGGAUUGGUGGAAGCAGAAAUAGUGAUAAAUCAGAAUAAUCCAGGACUGGGGGAAGCAGAAAUAGUGAUAAAUCAGAAUAAUCCAGAACUGGGGGAAGCAGAAGCAUUGGUUAGCCAUGAUGAUACUGGGGUGGUGGGUGGUUUAAUAGCAAACACUGAAGAAGAAAAUUUCAUAAAAAAUCCAGAACAGAGCAAGGGAGAAACAGAAAAUGAUGUGAAACCUUUAUCAAAGAAAGCCAUGAAACGACUGGCCCGUACAGAAAAGCACAAAGAGUAUAAAAAACGAAAACGAGAAGAAAGCCUUCAGACAAUACAGAGAGCUGAUGUCGGCUACAGCCUAGAGGAUCUGGAUAAAUCCUCCUAUUACUUUGAGAAUGGCAUUCGUAAAGUCUACCCGUAUACCUACGUAUUUGCCACUCAUGCUAAGGGACGAUGGGUUGGCCGUAAACUUUGGGAUGUUCUGGAGCAAGAGUUUGGUUACAGUCAUCCUGAUGAACUGAUGAAAUCAUUUGAAAGUGGAAUGAUACAUGUAAAUGGCAACCGGGCCAGCCUGAACUAUGUCCUUCGAGACAAUGAUUAUGUAUGCCAUCGAACUCACAGACAUGAAAACCCAGUGACGGCCGCCCCACUGGAGAUCAUAGAAAACAACAAUGAUGUUCUUGUGAUCAACAAACCGUCCUCCAUUCCUUGUCAUCCAUGUGGUCGCUACCGGUUCAACUCUGUGGCGUUUAUACUGGGAAAAGAGAUGGGACUGACAAACCUUAGAGGCAUCUACCGCUUGGACCGGCUGACUUCUGGUGUCCUCAUUUUCUGCAAGACCCAGGAGAUGACCAAGACACUGAUGGGUCAGGUGGCCAGGAGACAAGUCCAGAAGGAAUAUGUAUGUCGAGUCGUGGGCAGGUUCCCAGAUGGAACAGUGAAAGUGGACCAGCCGCUGAAGCCUUUGUCCAACAAGUUGAGGCUCCAGGUUGUCUCCCCUACAGGCAAGUCCAGCCAGACGACAUUCACACGCAUUAGCUACAACGGCAAAUCCAGCGUUGUCCGAUGUGUACCGCACACUGGGAGAACUCAUCAAAUUCGAGUUCAUCUUCAGUAUCUCGGCUUUCCAAUUCUGAAUGAUGCUUUUUACAACAGUGAUGCUUGGGGACCUAGCCGGGGCAAGGAUGGGGUCUAUGAGUUGCCGUUUGAUCAGGUCUGUGAACGAAUUUUGUCGGAGCAUCAUGAAACUUUGUGGGUUGGGGGAGACAACCCUUUGUAUGAAGCGAAGCUAAGGGAAAUGGAGCUAAAGGAGCAGAAAAACAGUCUGAUUGUUAACCCCAACCAGCAUACAGCUAACUCUUUACCUGCUGAGCCAUCAAACUUGUCCAAUACCAACUGUGUUGUCGUUGGCAGCAGUGUUACCAGUGACGAUUUACCGAUGGUCAGUGAGAAAAAACGCAUCUUUAAGACUUCUGGGGCAGAUAUUUUGUCACAUGAUGGAGUAAACGCUUCUGACUGUUUGAGUCAGUCUGUUGAUGGGGCAACAAAUUCACAUCCCUCACAAACUGCGCUCUUUCAGAAGAAAGAUUCUCAGAUCUCUGACCAGUCAGUUCAUGAAAACCAGCGUCUGCCAGGGUUUGAGAUGUCCAAGUUGAGCAUUGAUCUAGCUUGUGAUCAGUGCAAGAAAUCUCUGAUUGACCCCCAGGAGAAGCAGCUUGUGAUGUUCCUUCAUGCUCUCCGAUAUCAGGGCCCUGGCUGGGAAUAUGAAACUACCUUGCCAGAUUGGGCUUUGGAAGACUGGAGCAGAGAGGAGGAUUUUCUGCUUGGGAGUCCUGUUUCAAGUCAUCAUGACUGA